AGUGAAAUUCGGGAGAAGAAUCUAAAAAUCGGAAAAAAUGUUCCUCUACAUCAUCAUUGCUGUCUGUUCGGCAAUACUGUUCUAUUUCAAAUGGUGUUAUAGUUAUUGGCAACGUCACGGUUAUCCUUACAUCCCAGCCCAGGUUCCCUUCGGCGUGCUGGAUCCUGUGGUGCGAACAUGGAAAAAAUCCGUAGGCAUGGCAAUCUAUGAUAUCUAUGAACAGACCCGUGAGCACAAGGUGGUUGGCAUGUAUUUGAUAAAUCGUCCUGCCCUACUGGUGCGGGAUGCCCAAUUGGCCCGCGAUAUGUUGACCAAGGAUUUUGCCAGUUUUCAUGAUCGUGGCAUUUAUGUGGAUGAGAUUCAUGAUCCCAUGUCCGGAGGCAUCUUCUUUCUCAAGGGACAACAGUGGAAGACGUUGCGCACGAAAUUGGCUCCCUCAUUUACAUCGGGAAAGCUGCGGGGGAUGUUCGACACAAUUCAUGAUGUUUCGCUGCGCAUGGUGGACCAUUUGAAGGGGCAAUUGCCGGAUCGGGAAUUUAAACAGAUUGAAGUGAAACAUUUAUUUGUGACUUAUGCCAUUGACAUCAUUGCCUCGUCCAUAUUUGGUUUGGAUGUGGACAGUUUCAGUGAUCCCCAGAAUGAGUUCCUCAAAUUGAGCCGUAACGUCAAUGAGAACUCCUAUCGUGGGGUAUUCCGCGGCACCUGUCAAUUUAUGUAUCCAGGUUUGGAGAAAAUCUUUCAACGUUUGGGUUGGACCGAACCGGCUCCGGAUUAUAUGAAGAAAAUUGUGCGACAAACCAUUGAGAAACGUGAAAAGCACAAUAUUGUGCGCAAAGAUAUGUUGCAGUUGUUGUUGCAGCUAAGAAAUACGGGAAAAAUCAAUGGUGAUGAAGAUGAAGGCUGGUCGGCGGUAAAAACAAAGGAUGCCCUUGCCAGCAUGUCCAUUGAAUUGAUAGCAGCCCAAUUGUUUUUGUUUUAUGUGGCCGGUUUUGAGACAUCAGCUGCCACGGCCGCAUUUACCAUCUAUGAAUUGGCACGCAAUGCCGAGCUCUUGGAAAAAGCCCAAGAAGAUGUGGAACAGGCUUUGGCAAAACAUGGCUCCUUGAGCUACGAUUCAUUGAAGGAUAUGAAAUUUUUAGAUUUAUGCGUUAUGGAAACGACAAGAAAAUAUCCCGGUCUACCCAUACUGAAUAGGGAGUGUACCAAAGAUUAUCCUUUACCCGAUUCUGAGUUGGUGGUCAAAAAGGGUACACCCAUUAUUAUUUCAUUGUUUGGUAUACAUCGUGAUGAGGAAUAUUUCCCCGAUGCUUUACGUUAUGACCCAUAUCGGUUUGAGAAAGAAAAUUAUAAUGCCGCCGCCUAUAUGCCAUUCGGUGAGGGACCGAGACAUUGCAUAGCUCAACGCAUGGGCAAGUUGAAUGUCAAGGUUGGUGUUGCCCAAAUUCUGCAACAUUUUGAAGUCAAAGUUGAUCCCUCGGCGCCGGAAAUUGAAUUUGACAAUUUCGGUUUACCCAUUAUGCCAAAGGGUGGUGUGCCCGUUACCUUAGCCAAGAAACAAAAAACAAAU